AUGCCUCCUCUCAAUUGUUCAGUCGAACUCAAUAUAAUCGAUUCAAAUACUGUUUCGAUUAAAUAUAUUGUUGGUGGAUGGCUUACAUUAAUCUUUUCUAUAUUUGGUAUUAUUACCAAUAUUUUUACUGUUAUUGUUUUACUUCAUCCACGUAUGAGAAACAGUUCAACACAUGUCUAUUUAAUGGCAUUAUCUGUAUGCAAUAUUUUCCUUUUAAUUGGUCUUGUGAUUAAUUAUUCAGUUAAAUCAAUUGCUUCCUAUCCAGAAUUAUUAGUUUAUUUACGUCAACCCGAUACUAAAAAUCGAAAUGCUAUAUUAGCUAAUAGUUAUGAACAAUUCUAUGCUUAUGCUGCACCAUUUACAACACCAUUACUCUCUAUGCUUUUACUUUGUAGUACUUAUUUAACAGUACUUCUUAGUGGUGAUCGAUAUUUUCUUAUAUGUUGGCCAUUAAUAGCUGGAAAAAUUCGUACACAUAAUAUGUCAUUACGUUUAGUUUUACUUGUUUUUAUACUUGUUAAUCUUUAUAUAUUACCACAUUGGUUUGAAUAUCGUACUGAAACACGAAUAAUAGAAAAAUUCACAUCAAAUGGAAAUAUAACAAUUAAUAAUAAUGAAUAUGAUAAACUUGUAGAAUUAACAUAUACACGUCUUGGUUCAAAUACAAUAUAUUUAUCAAUAUAUCGUUUUUAUUUAAAUGUUCCAAUAACAUUUGUUAUACCAUUUACAUUAUUAACAUUAUGUAAUGGUAGUAUGAUUCAUCAAUUAUUAUUAAUAAAAAAGAAAAAAAAACGUUUGGGUCAACGUAUGAAAGCUGAUAUACGUAUAACAAUAAUGUUAAUUAUUAUUGUAUUAACAUUUAUGUUAUGUCGUUCAAUAAAUUUAUUUGUUAAUUUACUUGUACAAUUAUCACCAUGUUUAAAUAAAAAUUCUUUACAACGUUUUAAUACAUUUGCUAAUUUAUUAAUUGCAUUUAAUGGUUUUAUUAAUUUUUUUUUAUUUGCUGCAUUUGGUCAACGUUUUCGUGAAAUGGUUUUAUAUAUAUUUUUUCGUCAUGGACAAUAUCCAUUUCGUUAUAAUAUGGAUGGAGCAAGUACACAUCGUUUUGCUUUAAUGAAUGCAACACCACAAGUCGAUUCUAUUCGACAACAAUCUAGACCUUUAGCAGGUUCAAAAAUUGAUCUAUGGAAAACUAUAUCACGUCGACGUUCAUCAGCAACUAUGGUUACUUCAUAUAAUCCAUUAGAUAAUCAAACAAGACUAACAUCAUGUUCAAAUAUAAAUUCAACACAUUUACACAUUCCAAAAACUUUAAAACUAACAUCAAAUCCAUCUGAUCAACAGUUAUCAUCAGAUAGAAAUUUAUUGACUGAAACUAAUAAUAAUAAUAAUCAUGAAGAAAAUACUAGUUUAAUUUUUGUUAAAGCAAAAAAAUGCAAAAAUGAAACACAAAACCCAACAACUCUUCAUAUUACAUGUGUUUAA